AUGGCUUCUUCUUCGUUCUCGUUUUUUCAGAUCUUGUCAGCAACCACCACCCUUCUUUUGUUGCUGGAAGCCCACCAGGCAAGCAGCUGCUUCUCCGCCAUAUUUAGCUUCGGCGACUCGCUGCAGGACACUGGCAACUUCGCGCACACCUUCUUCAACACUGCCCUCUCAAAUCCGCCGUAUGGAACCACCUACUUCCACAAGGGCACCGGUCGCUACUGCGACGGCAGAAUCAUCCUAGAUUUCAUCGCGGAAAGUCUUGGGUUACCGUUCGUGCCGCCCUUCCUUGCCGGAGGAGACUUCUCCAAGGGAGCGAACUUUGCCUUCGGAGGGGCGGUCGCAGUGAAAAGUGACCCGAAUUGGAACCAUACUUUGCCCGAUCAAAUUGAAUGGUUCCAAAAAUUUGUCCAAACAGAUCCAUUAUUCAGAGACCCCAACUUUUUGGCCAAUUCGUUGAUCGUGAUGGGGGAGAUUGGUGGCAACGACUACAACUCGGGACUCAGCAAGGGACUGCCUUAUGAUCAACUCAUUCAAAUUGUGCCCCCCGUUGUUCAAGCCAUAGGCUCUGCCAUCACGUAUCGUAGUGACAAGCCAAGCGACUAUGACAAGAAUGGCUGCCUCAUAUGGAUGAACAAUUUCUCUGAGUACCAUAGCAGCAACUUGCAAACCGAGCUAGACAGACUUAAAGGACAAUUUCCUACUGUUACCAUCGCCUAUGCAGAUUACCUCAACUCUGGCAUCAGGAUGUUCUCCAACCAAGCCCAAUUCGGUAUCACUGUGCCAUUUACUGCUUGCUGUGGAGGAAAUGGGUAUCCGUGCAACGCGACUGGACCGGUGUGUCCUAAUCCACUAAACUAUGCCUCUUGGGAGGGAUUUCACCCAACGGAGGCGACACACCAUGCCAUUUCGGAUGGCAUCAUCAGAGGACCAUACGCCAUCCCUUUCUUGUCGCAAAAAUGCUAA